CUGGUUUAUGAGGUGAUCGUCUACACCGGCCAUCGAGUUGGCGCCGCCACCUUGAACCACGUGCACAUUAAGCUGGUGGGCACGGAUGGCGAGAGCGAGCGCACGUGGCUGAACUCUUUGGUCAUCUUCAGAGGAUCCGUUCAACUACCAUGAUGCAGUCCACUUUAAGAUACGACUACAGGUACUUUCUUCCUACAUCAUAUUCCUUAUAUUGGAGUAGGUCAAGGCCAGGGGUCACGGAUGGUAGCCCGCGAGGACCAUAUAAGGCGCCCGCGAGGUAUCGAAUUAUACCAUUUCCUGCCCAAACUCCCUUGGAAAACUGGUUCUGAUUGAGCUGGACAAACGGCACAUGCGCCUCGCGCCUGACGACGCUUGGUUCCCUGAAAAGGUUGAAGUCAAGUCACCCGAAGGAAUCCUCUACACUUUCCCCAUCCACUGCUGGAUCAGCGACCGGGAGACUCACCGCUUCAGAGAGGGCAAAGCGCUCAGGAUCUUUGAUGAAAGCCACUCCCUCGGUCACUAUGCAAGAGAGCAAGAGCUGAGCCACCGAAAAGUGUGCUACGGCUGGGAUUGCUUUGACGCCGGCAUGCCCAACAGCAUUGACGCCGACGGUCCUUGUAGCCUGCCAUGUGAGAUACAGUUCUCUUUCACCAAGACUGCACAGUUUGAUUUCACGGCGCUGACAGCGUUGACGGAGCUUCAUUUCAAGGGGCUGGAUAACAACCACCACAACUGGAAAAAUCUUGACCAUAUCAAAGACGUGUUCUGUAACAAACACACCCCGAUAUCAGAUUACGUCAAGAACCACUGGAAGGCGGACUGGUUAUUUGCUUACCAGUUUCUAAACGGUGUCCACCCCACAUUGAUUCGACGUUGCAUCACUUUGCCCGAGAACUUCCCUGUGACGGACGACAUGGUCUGCAUCCCCAGCGGCUCAAAAUUGUCUGAAGAGUUGAAGGAAGGCAACAUUUACCUGUGUGACUACAAGAACCUGGACGGAAUCCAUGCAAACACCGUCCAAGGGAUUCAGCAGUACUUGACAGCGCCCCUUGUCUUGUUUCACAAAGGAGCCGACGACAAGCUGAUGCCCGUCGCCAUUCAGCUGAAGCAGACUCCGGCUGAGGACAACCCCAUCUUUCUGCCAAGUGACUCUACAUACGACUGGCUGACAGCUAAGAUCUUUGUGAGAAGCGCCGAUUUCACGGAACACCAGCUCAAUGCGCACUUACUGCGCACUCACCUGCUGGCAGAGGUCUUUGCGGUGUCACUGCUACGCAAGCUUCCCAUGGUGCACCCCCUGUACAAGCUCCUCAUACCUCACACUCGCUACACUCUGCAUAUAAAUGAAUUGGCUCGGACGCAGCUGAUAGGACCCACUGGAGUCUUCACCCUGUAUGCAGCUUCUGGCGGCGAGGCUUUGAAGAAGAUCGUGGCAAGAUCGCUCUCCUCGGUCACCUACAGGUCCCUUUGCAUUCCCGACGACAUUGCUGAUCGCGGCAUGCAGGACUUGCCGAAUUUCUACUACAGGGAUGAUGGACUCCAACUGUGGGACAUCAUCUUCAAAUUUGUGCAGGGAGUGAUACAGUACUACUACAAAACUGACAACGAGGUGCAGCAAGACUCGGAACUGCAGACUUGGAUCGGCAACAUUUUUCAACACGGAUUUCUUUCCCAGGAACAAACAGGAAUGCCCAAGAAAUUCAACUCUGUGCCUGAACUGAUCAAGUUUGCCACCAUGGUGAUAUUCACGUGCUCGUGCCAGCACGCAGCUGUAAACAACGGACAGUACGACUAUGGUUUCUGGAUGCCCAACACCCCCAUCACCCUGCAGCGUCCUCCCCCGACCAAAAAGGGGACGACGUGCGAGGCCACAAUGCUCCAGACAUUGCCACCGAUUGAUGUGACAGUUCACGGAAUAGCUGCUGUCUGGCUGCUCAGCAGGCAGUCCUCAGACUUUAUCCCCCUCGGACACUACCCCGAGGAUCAUUUUACCGAGGAGACCCCACGCCAGCUGCAAAGGGAUUUUAAAACCGAGCUUGACACGUUGUCCGUCUCAAUUAACAUCAGAAACAAAGGUCUGGAAAUCCCUUACACGUACCUAGAUCCAAAGAACAUAGAGAACAGCGUGGCCAUCUAAACCUCAGAAAGUCGUCGUGGAAAAGGAAUAAGAAUUGCAAUUUUUGUCCUUAAUUAACUAUUUUUAGUUUACGUACAGGCUCAAAACUGUAUGGACUGAAAAGCCAUAAUUUGCAGUUGCUUUUCAACAUGAUUAGUCAUACAAGUAUAAAGAGAUGGCAACAAAAUUCAACAAAAAUGAAGUAACGCCAGGGGCGCCAAUUGCUUUUAUCGAUGAAUAUCCUGAGCUAACUCAACGUCGCCUACGACCGUUAUUUAGAACGUAUUCUCAUCCCUCACAAGUGGUCAAGGACAGACAAAGCUGCCGGUACGCCUUCAAUCGUUUUAUUUAACAAACGUAAUAAAACAAACAUGUAACUAGCACAUUUUUUUUUUUCUACACGAGGCGCAACACCACAACUGACGCCCAAGCACUCAACACGCAGACUUGCUAACGGUUAGCCAGUCAACAGCUAACUGCGAACCUGAGCUGACAACAGCCAAUUAGCUACUCCCGUUCGCCCGACACCCACGUCACUCACCGGACCAGGCUGCCAUUGUGUAGUUGAACAAGAACAAUGCGAGGUGUCAACUGAACUUUGGUUUCAAUUAUAUUUAAAUUAUAAAUAUGAUGACCACCAUGAAGAAACUUGCAACACAAUAAUACAGCAAUACUUCGUACAGGAUAACAGCUAUAUCAACGAUGUAAUCAUUUCAUUUCUAUUCACAAUAUUUCCAUCCAUCCAUUAUCUUGGCUGCUUAUCCUCACAAAGGUCACAGGAGUGCUGGAACUUAUCCCAGCUAUCUUCGGGCAGAAUUUUCUUUUUCAGAAAUUUCCGGCAAUUUGCUGAUUUACAAUAUUUAUGAUGGUAAAAAAAAAAAAAACUGGAUGUUAAUGCCUGACAUUUUUUUUCCCAAGUUCCACUUUAUCAGAUAUUUUGUUGCCAUGUAUUAAAAAAAAU